GUUUAGUAUCAGUGUCAAGCCCUCCCUUCCUUUGUUUUUUGUUCACUCUUUUGGCGUCUUGUGAUGCAUUGUUCGUGUUGUAAAAAUCUUCAAAAGACAGCCUCUUUAUAACAGACCUUGUAUUUUUGUAUUUUUCUGAAGAUCUGACUGAGGAGUGAGAGGCUACAAACGGAACCGAGUGCCUGUUUUGGGAGGGAAUUCUAAGCUUCAUGUGCAUUUUAGAAGAUGUUGUAAUUUAACCUGCAACCAUUUGUUGGAAAAUGCAAUGCUGUUGGAUUAUCUUAUGGAUCAAGGAUAGAUGCUGUUUGGGGUGACUAUGAUGUGUGCUUUUCCAAUGAAGCUGGGAACUCACAAAAAUCAUUGUAAGGACAAUAAAUGCCAACUUAAACACAUUUAAAAAUUUGAGCCAGUAUGAAUAGCUGCUCCUAUUUUUCCUCAUAAAAUUUACAUAUUCAAAAUAGAGUUUUCAUAUCUCUUAAAAACAGUAGGACAUUAUUGUCACACCCACACACAUGUAGACAGACUGACAUUUAAGGAAAAUUUUGAUUUGUGACAUAACUUCACAACAGCGGAAUGAUGGCAGCAGCUGGUUCAGGGGCCUCCCUGAGCCCAAAAUCGAGCUCCCAGCCCCCUACCAGUGGAGACCGGCGGCUAGUGGACAAGGCCCUCAGAAGACUGGAUAAGCUCCGGGAGUUGUGCACUAACCCCCGGCUAGGCCUGAGGAACAGUCCACCAUACCUGCCAGACCUGGUAUCUGAGACAGCAACACUGCUUACGGAGGUCUGGGAGCCCUACCGAGGCCCCAAGGCGGCAGGCGGACAGGUGCCCAGAGGAGACGAGGCCAAAUACCUGAGGAUCCACAUCAGAAACCUGCUGGAUAAGACGGACAGGGCUUUGCUGCUGUUCAAAGAGGGACGGGAGAAGAUAUUUGAGGAGACAUCCAGCUACAGGAGGAACUUGACUAAACUGUCCUUGCUGUUCAGUCACAUGCUCUGGGAGCUCAGGGCCAUGUUUCCAGGGGGCGGUUUUCAGGGUGACACCUACAGGGUGACUAAGACUGAGGCUGCGGCCUUUUGGAUGCAAUCAUUUGGAAAUAAGUGUAUAGUGCAGUGGAAUAGAUUCAAAGAGCAGCUGCAGAGUGUACAUGCAUUUGAGGAAGGGAUGGAGUCCAUGGCUCUGAAGUCAACUAUAGAUCUCACCUGUAAUGACCACAUCUCUGUGUUUGAGUUUGACAUCUUCACCAGACUGUUUCAGCCCUGGAAGUCACUCAUAAUGAACUGGAACCAGCUAGCAGUGACUCAUCCAGGCUACAUGGCCUUCCUCACCUAUGACCAGGUUAUAGCUCGUCUGGAACACUACCUGCAUAGACCUGGGAGCUAUAUCUUCCGUCUUAGUUGCACAAGAAUGGGCCAGUGGGCUAUUGGCCAUGUUACAAGAGAAGGUGGCAUCGUCCAGACCAUCCCCCAGAAUACACCGCUCUACCAGGCACUCAUUCAGGGCUUCAAGGAAAGCUGCUACCUGUACCCAGAUGGCCGUGAUGUGAACCCCGACCUGACAAGUUUGUGUGAACCGGCCCAGAAGGGCAAAGUCAAAGUUACAGAAGAGCAGUAUGAGCUUUACUGUGAUAUCGGCAGCACCUUCCAGCUGUGUAAGAUCUGUGCAGAGAGGGAUAAGGAUACUCGUAUCCAGCCCUGUGGGCAUCUCCUGUGCAAACGCUGCCUCACAGGCUGGCAGCAGAAGUCAGCUGGCCACACCUGCCCAUACUGUCGCUGUGACAUCAGAGGAACACAGUCCAUCCUCGUCGAGCCCUACCUGCCUGGCAGCGGUGAGUGGGAGGAGGAGGGUGAGGACGAUGUGGAGGAGGAAGAUGACCAUGAGGACAUUGAACUGAUAGUAAAGCAAUUGGCUGCCUUGAGGAAGUUCUCAAGUUUGGAUUACCAAGUUCCCAGGUCCCGCCUCAACACUCCACCUCUGCCCCCUAAAAACAGCACAACCGCACGCUGUCCAUCUCCCUCCAGCCAAUCCCAGACAUCGACUCUGGACAAACCCUCCCACCAACGUUCACAGGCUCACAGUGGCAAUAAAGCACGUAGACGAAACAAACAAGAGACAAACAUGGAUAGCAGUGCUGAAUUCCUCACAGAAGCAACAUUUUCGUCUUCCUCUCAGAAAGGUGGCGACAGUGGAGCAGCAUGGCUCGAACCCUCCAGCCCAGUCAAACAGAGACGAAGACAUAAAGAGAGGGGGGAAUGGGGAGCAGGGCCCAGAGAAGACAAAUGUGACCUGGGAGAGAUGGCGAGAAGAAUGUCGUCCUGACAGAAAAGCAAAACUGCAAAACCAAGACUCUUUUACUAAAGCGAGAAAUACUCAACGACUAAAAUAUUCAAGAAAGCAUUCCUUGGUGACUGUUUAAGUAGUUUCUGGUGUCAUGUUAAUCUGUAAAUGACCAUGUGUCAGCUGCACUGCUGAGUGGGUGGAAUUGACAGUAAAAUUGCUCACUGAGGCCUCCUACUGUUCAAUAAUCACACUGCCAUCAUCUCCACAGUAGGUUCAGUACUGAUCUUUAUAAUUAAAGUGUUUUCUGAGCCUCCAUUAAUUAUUGACAGAAAUGAAUGAAAGGCUUGAUAUUGUAAUUAUAUGAUCAAAUUAAGAGGGGCAAUCACAUAUAUAGAGUAAAUAAAUGGAAAAAUAGAAAUAUGCUACCUCAUCAUUUAACCGAUACCAUAAGUUUCUUCUUAUAAAAAUGUUAUGUGAGUAAAUAAAGGACUCUGUAUAACUCAAUCAAACAGUCUUAAAAUAAAACCUGUAACUGACACAUA